AUGGCCUCCUCUCCAUCCUUGGCUCCAUCCAAAGAUCUACACCUUCAGCUCAAGUGUGUGGAACAUAGAAAGCUCCAUGAAAAAUCUUGGGAGGUGAUGGAGCAGGUGAACUCUGAUUAUCUUUUAGAGGGAAGAAAAAGGCAUAUGAGCCAUUACAGAUGCUGGUCUGCGAAAGAGCCUGUGCAGAGGGGAUUUAUACUCAUGCAGAAGGAUCGCCUGAUUAAGGAGUCUACCCCAAAUGAUAUCAGGAUAAAAGAGGACCUCACUUCUUACUUGAUACCCUCUGAGAUUCCCUACAGGACUGAGACUGUCCUGUGGCACAACACUAUGGCAGCCCUCCUGAUCUCAUCACCAACUUCCUUUUGUGUCGACCACAUCAAUGUAAUAGGCCUAAAGGAUGGAGAUCUCCAUAAUCGAGUAGCUGGUGCUUUGAGGGAUGGCCGUUGUGCAGUCAUACACAGGGCAGCAGAGCCAGGCCCUGAAAAACUUACUCUGCAAUAUCUACAUGAUCAGUUUGGAAUAUCUGACUGGCUAUGCUCCCUCCAUGACAUGGCAUACCACGCUGAAGAUUGGACACAUUUCCACGAAGAUGGGACCAUAGGGUGUCUAUUGGAUGAAAUUUAA